AUGCGCGCGAGCGAGCGCGAGGAGUGUCGCGCGUUCGCGCUGCGAUGGACGCUGGACGCGGAGGGCGCGGCGAGGGCGGUGAGGAAUCAGAUGACGGCGUGCUGCGCGACGCUGGUGAAGCGCGCGGCGGUGGACGCGGACGACGCGACGAAGAUGGCGACGCUGGGGGCGUGCGAACGCGAGGUGCGGGCGAAGAUGGAAUCGUCGAAGGGGGAAUCGGACGCGGAGACGAUGGGACUGGAGGUGUUCGCGGCGAUCGUGAGCGAGUUCGCGCCGGGGACGGCGAGCGAACUGGGGACGACGUGGGAGCGGCACGAAGGAUGUCGAGCGAGCGCGGAGAAACAUUUUUUGAAACCGUUCUUCGCGCACGGGUGCGAAGCGGCGAGACGGUGCGUGGAGACGGGGAGGGUGAGCGAUGGGAGCGAUCGGGGGGCGUGCGCGGCGGCGCUGCGGUUGAUGAACGCGGUGUUGAGUUGGGAUUUUAAUAGAGACGUGAGUUACGGGUUUCGGGGACGGGCGUUUCCGAGCUCGGAGAGCGCGGCGAACGCGUUCGUGAAGCUCACGCCGGGAAUGGAGUGGAGGGAUGUGUUGUUGAAUCCAGGCGCGCUGGAUUGGUUGUUCGACUUGCACGCUGGGGCGGAGAGUGCGGUGUUGGCGGGCGGAGGCGUCGAGGCGAAGCGCGUCGCCGCGGCGAGUCGCAAGACGCUGAGCGCGCUCUGCACGCUCAGUGGAUGCGUGUUUCCCCCGCGGGAUGCGGACGAUAGCCUGAGACAGGGCCAUUUCGUGCGAUGCGCGCGCGCGAUCGCCAAGUAUCUCUUACCGGCUGCGACGAGCGUGCGCGCGGCGUUGGAGGGGCACGGAGAAGACGCCCUCAUCGACGGCUGCCGCUCCAUGUCCGCGUUGGCGCUCGUGCACGACGCCAACGAUUUCGCGAGUUUAUCGCUCGGUCCGGAGUUGAACGAGCGUACCGCGCUAGACUUACUCGGCGAGCUCACGUUAGAGUGCUUGAAUCAAGACGCGCUGUCGGUGCAGUGCGAGGGCACGGUGACGGAUGAUUGUUUAAAGAUGCUCCUCGAGGCGUGGGCGUCGUUGGUGAACAAGGGCAUGAGCGCGCCGGGAGGCGUGGAAACGGCGGUUCCGAGCGCGGUUUUAGAAGGAGCGGCAAAUAUUUCGCACGCUUACGUCGUCGCUGGGUUGAAAGCCGCGCGCGAGGGCGCGCACGAAGAGGACGAUGGGCACGAAGAGGAGGGCCAAGCCGGGGCGGCGGCGCUCGACGCGAGACUCGAACUCGCCGCCCAAGUCUUGCGCGCGCAUCCCACGACGACUUUACCGACGCUGCAGCACGUUUUAGUUGAAAAGCGAAACUCGCUUCCCGCGUGCAUGGCGAGCGGUCAAGAUCCGAGUGAGUUGUUGGAGGAAUUAUGGUGGCUGACGCGCCUGGCUGCGCACGUGCUCGCGGAUGACGGCGACGGCGAAACGCCGAUUCCACCAGACUCCCUCGCUGCGGCGUCCGCAGCCACGGCACCAGGCGCACCAAACUGCGUAGUGGAACUCGCGCGAGCGUUGAUCGAUUUCGGUUGCUUGGCGCUCGACGCCAACGCGCGCGGCGCGCUGUCGCCUCGCCUGCUCGAAACCGUCGUGUGGGCGCUCGCGCGUUGGGCGGAUACGUAUUUGAUUCCAGAGGAUUCCGGCGGUAGCUUACACGCUGCGGUGUACGCCGCCGCUGGAGGCGUGCGACGAGGUGCUGACAUCGCGAACAAGCUCGCUGAGAACGGUGGGGGAAUGUUCAGCGAAAGAAACGGUGGCGUGGAGGCGCUCGACGCGCUCGUGCAAAUCGGCGUCAAGGCGCUCAGCGAUUGGCCGGGGGAGACGAGUUUACAAAAAACAAUCGGAUUCGUGUUGUUUCCCGUGCUCACGCGACGAAAGACGCUGUUGAAGCACUUAGUAAACAUGCCUUCGUGGGAUGCGUUGCGUCAGGCGUGCGCUGGGGCGCAUCAUGAGCGCGGCGUCGUCGCGUUCCCGCCCGAAGUCCAUCGCGGUUUGAGCGAGUGCGUCGGGCGCGUCGCCGCGAGCGUGAUUGAUCCCGCGCAGUGCGAGGCGUAUGUGAACGCCCUCAUCACGCCCCCGGGCGAAGUCAUCGCCGCGGUAAGCGUCGAUCGUGAGGGUUUACAUCACCCCGAAGGCGAGGCUCGAGCGUGCGCCGCGCUCGAGGCGUUGCGAGGCGUCGUGCGAUCGACGAAUGGAAAGAGCCAACCGGCGGUUUUCAACUUUUUCGUCGCAGCCGUCGAUCACUUGCUAAAUUUGCAAACGCUCGCGAAAGAUUUAGGACGAGUGAUGAAGCUAUUGCUGCGCCUGACCGAGGAGUUCGUCGAGGCCAACUCGCCGUAUCUCAACGCCCAACAAGUGGAUUGGGUGUGUCGGUAUUGCCUGCGCGUGGUGGAGACGUACGCGAAAUCCGGCCGCGGCGCCGUCAAGUCGGAAGCCGGCGCGCUAUUGAGUCAAGAGGCGGUAAAAGAGGCGUAUAAAGAAGUUCGCGCGCUAUUGCGCAUGCUCACGCACAUGUCGAGCGGAAACUUACACGACGCCAUCAUCGAGAGCGCGCCGCCCGACCAGGCGGCGGCGCUCGCGGAACAAAUCGACAUCGCUCGCGUCGUCUUCGCCGGUUUGAACGCCGUCAUCCCGCUCAUCACGGAUGAAUUGCUCAAGUUCCCCAAGCUUUGCAGACAAUAUUUCGAGCUUUUGGCGUACAUGCUCGAGGCCUACCCCAAAAAAGUCGCGCAGCUAGCGCCCGACUUAUUCGGCACCCUCAUGUCGACGCUCGAAUUCGGCUUGAAGCACGCCGACGAGACGGUGAGUAAGGAGAGCAUGACUGCGCUCGGCGCCCUGGCCACGUUCCAAUGCAACAGUGCGAAGACACAAACCAUCGGUUUAGGCGCACACAUGGCCCCUAACGCCGAGGGCGUGUCCAUCCUCGCCCAUCUCAUGCGCCUCUUGUUCCACCGUCUCGUCUACGAGGAAGCCGUCUUCAAUCUCGUCGACGAAGCCGCCGACGCACUCCUCCCCAUCAUCCUCCACGAGCGCCCGGCGUUCCAAAAUCUCGCCUCUGCCUUCAUCUCCGCCGUCGCCGACGAGCCACGAAGCGUCGAUUUACUCCAAAACGCCUUCGUCGCCCUCACGAGCGCCAACGGCCUCGCCGAGGGCGUCGACCGCGUCAACAAGCGUCGCUUCCGUCGCAACCUCGCCGAUUUCCUCACCGUCGCUCGCGGCGUCUUGCGCACGCGUUAG